GAUGUAUCGGAUGAACCAGGCGACUGCAGCGUCAAGUACCAGAAAGUCGGUUGCUACAAUGAAAACAGCGGCGACAGAUUGCUGACUAAACAAGUUUUCAGUAUGCGGGACGAAAUAGACUGGACACCCGGGAAAUGGGAGAACUUUCUGAAAAAGCAAGUGUUUAUGUUAAUAUUUAAUUGAAGCUAGCUUUGAACCGUCUCUACCGUCUUAUAGCUAACUGUGCGCACCGAGACAAAGAUACAGAAACAUUGAAUUUGUAAACGAGCUCAGUACAUAUUUUUCUUUCAAUGAGGUCGUUUACGUUAGCUAAUGUUUCAGACAACAUUUCUCUUACGUUUGUUGCGUUUUAGCUAGGCCAGUUGCACGAGCCUAUAUAUACCACUUAGCACCCCUAGCAGUUGUCGCUUCGAAUAUAAGACAUUGACUCUAUUCUUGUGAACAGCAUUUGUGCAACAGGAACGUUGUGAGAUCUGGAUAUUCGAGGGCAGGUUGUAAUAGGCUAUAGUUCGACUUGUGUUGAAACAUGUGAUGUUCCUCACCCUUUAGCAUCUAUUCCAUUCUAUUUUGAAAUUCCACAUUCAAAUCACCAUUUUACAAAUCUUUCAUUUUACAUUCGCUUCUUUUUCUUACUUAUAAAAAAUUCCAAGCUAUACCAAUCAACACAUAUGAAAAAUUGUAUAACAAUCAAUAUUUAAUAGUACAGCAAAUAGACGGAAGCCUAUUCCAUUCGUACAAUUUUUUUUCGGCACAACUUAUACUGAGUCCGGCUUUUCUAUCCCAGAUUAGCCUGUCGCUGUGCAAAGGAAACUCGUGCUUUUGGGUACAGCCACUUUGGGCUUCAGUUCUUUGCAGAGUGUUGGAGUGAUGCCCAGGCAAAAGAGAGGUAUAACCGAUACGGAAAAUCAAGUGUCUGCACUGGAUUCGAGUACAAGACAUGCAAUGAUAAAGAUGAGAACGAAUGUGUUGGGGGCGGAAAUAAAAACUACGUGUACGAGAUAGUGGAGGAAGGUAAAGAAAGCAAAAUCCUAAAAAAAUUAGGUUAUAACAAAACGAAAUGGAACAACAAGACACGUCACCACCUAGAUAUUGGUACUGCCUCUGAUUGGUCGCACCGCUUGAGAAUUUGCUUUAUCCAAUCAGAAGCAAUACCCAGAUUUGGGUAGUGAGGCGUCAUCAGUAUGGAAUUUUUGCGCUUGUUUCUCUGAAGUUAUUUCAAGGGAAACCUGUGGUGACGUCGCGAAAUUUCGACUGUUUUUUUCAGGCUUAGAACACUUAAAAUAGUGAAAACAACGUAAAAUGGUAUAUGUUAUGGUUCGAUUACGUGUACUAAUAGAGAGCUUAAGAUUUGAGGACGAUCUGGAUUUCACUUGAAGUUUUUUCGCGCAUUCUCGAAAAUUAUAUAUUCAAGCCUGGAAGCUUCAUUGUACUAUCUCUGACCCGAAAGUUUUUUUAAUUGGAGAUGGCUUAACCCUUUCCCGAUCGAAAUAUGAUUAAUUAUUAUAAUUUGGUAACUUGUUCCCGCCACUGCGACAUUCACUUCUCGCUAAAAGUCGAAGUAGAAUGACGACGGAUAUGACGUUUUCCCGCCAAAAUGACGUUGGCUCACGCAAGAGCGCUACUUCGUACCGAGAAAAUCUCGUACUCGUAGUCAUCCUCGUCUCAGAAUCUGAAGCUGUCUAAUAUUUUACAAUCUGUUGCAUUGUUGCAGAGGACGGAAGCGCAAGUGGAGUUGGACCUAAUUCAUAACUGACGAGAGACAAUACUCUUUUUCAAAUGCAUGUAGAAAAGCAGUUUUAAAUAAAGGGAUGAGUACAACGGCUAUAACUUCUUGACUGGUUAUUUUGGAAUUUUGCAAUAUUAACAGUUAAUGUAGAGCUAAUACACAUUAUUAAAAACUGAAUCAUUGGAUAGUGCAAUUCUAGCAUUUUGAUUGGCUUAGCCGUUAUGGUAUAUGAGCUAUUAUACCAUGUUCUCCAUAUAUGGUCGGUGUACGCGUCAGUUUAAAAUUGGAAGCUAGCUGAGAUUUUUUUUCGCGAAGGAUAGAACGGCGCCCGAAGCAAAUCGUUUUAAUUCAUUUCUUAGAAUACUAGAAAUGCAAUUUCAUCGAAAGAAAAAAGACAAAAACAAACAAAAAAGCCACAAGAGCUUGUUUGAAAGUUUGUCGAAAAACACAUGAAAACACAUGGAACUAAAGUACCUUGACCAGCUACGAAAGAAGACAAGUGUUGUUUCUUCAUGAUCGCGAAGCCAUUCGCCGAUCUAGUCCCUUGCCGAUAGAUAACUGCGGCUUGUUUAUCCGACAUCAACAAUAUAAAUCACAAGUAACCAGCUACAAAUACAGGCUAUGCAGCCAUUCACUAGAGCAAUCGAGGCGGCAGUAUAGCUCCUUUUCUCGUUCAGCAAAACCAGCUUGUGGCUUCAAACAACUUCAUAACAAGCGACCGAGGUAAUAGUUUUUCUCCGUUGUUCUUACUGGUUAACUGCACCGAAAAUCCAAAUUCACAGUAAUUUCGACGGCUGUCACUUAAAAAUUCUUUUCCUUCACAUUAUCUGCCAGGUUUUUUAGCUGUUCUGCUGUGUAAAAUCCUAGAAUCCCGAUGAGUUUUUAAAAAACUAAUGUUCAUCGCUACAAUGUUUUGCUUUUUCAUUCAUGCAGUCCAGGCGAGUCCGUUCGCACGUUGACAGUUUUGAUAGACGUGUGACAUGCCCCUUGUCUUUUCCGGUUUGUUCUAGUCGGGGAGAUUCAACGAGAUUUUGUGGGCGUUUUUAAUAAAACAAUUAUUCCACUCGCGCUUGUUGGAUAUGAGAUGAUUAUAGCCAACUCGGCGCUACGCACCUCGUUGGCUAUCUAUCAUCUCAUAUCCAACGCGCCCUCGUGGAAUAAUUAUUAAAUAUCCAGCUUCUAUUGUUGUUUCCAGUUGUGGCCGCUGUACGUCUCCAAGACUAUCCUCAAUCAAACCAACUCAAUUAACCAGCUUUACAGUCAACCUAUAAGCGAUUUCUUCAUAGCUGCGAAACCGCCCUCACUAGAGUUAACAACGACAUUCUGCUUGCCAUUUAUAAUCAUCGCUGGCUGUGUUUUAGGUGUCCUGCCUCUUGACAUUUCUGCUACUUUUGACACUGUCAAUCACGAUCGAUUUCUCUUUAUACUCUACCCUGGGUUCUUAGUCUGCGGUACUGCCAUUGACAGGUUUCGCUCAAACCGCACACAAUUUACCUUAAUGGCUGGGAAAAAAAUUACAAUCUCGCGAGCUCAAAUGUGACGUGCCUCAAGGCUCUGUCCUCAGAGCACCACUGGCUGACGUUCUGCGUUAUGAUAACAUGCAAUUUCAUGUCUUCGUUGAUUAUACACAAUUAUACAUCUACUUUUUACGAAACUUUCUCCCUGGAAUUAGCCAUUACCAUUGCUAAAAUUCAGGAUUGCUCGUCAGAUCUUAAUAAGUGAAUGUCUCACCAAACUGAAAAGCAAAAGAAUAACACAAAAAAGUGGACAAAGUUAAGUUGUAUAUUCCCAGUCAAGAUAGCUUGAUUGGCUUUAGACUGCGAGCAAGCUUUCUUGGGUGCUCUGGGGCGGGGGACGGAAGUAGAUGCUUCCCGACAGAGCUUGCUCGCAGGCUAGUUUGGCUUGUACCAACUUGUAUCAACUUGUAUCAACUUCAUAAUCGAAUGACUAUUUUUAUUGAGACAAUUAAAUUUAACAUUUGUUCAAAUCAACAAAAUGUGCUUAUUUUGAUUAGGAAAGGGAAUUCAGGAGUUUGUUUUUUGAGGUUAAGCCGAACGCAGUUGGUCGCCAUAGAAACGUUUUUCAAGGAAAUUGAAAAGAAAUUAAUUGAUAGAAAUAAAUCCUGUAUCCUACUCCUUCCGUGAGGUUGAGGUACACAUUAAAAAACUUGUUUUUUUCCUGACAUAUUUUUAGUGAUUCAAUUUUCUUAGACUUUUUGGUUGAAAUCAGUGCUAACCAGCUGCCCAAUUGGAAAGGUGUACCGAAAAAAGGAUAAAAAAGUUAAUGUAGUUUUAUAAUUAGGUUGAGUAUGAUCGUCCGGGUGAACGUAGUCCUGAAUCGAACUGUUGUCGACAGUGACUGAUGUUUCGACAACCUGUGCGGUGGUCAUCUUUGACUCUAAAGAUGACUACAGCAAAGGUUAUCAAAAGUCAGUCACUGUAAACACGGGACCACGCUCAUCCAGACGAUCAUACUCAACCUACUUAUGAAAUGGCGCCUGGGUUCAAACCUUUCAGAGUUUUAAUUUAGGGUGGACAAAAAAAAAAAAAAAAAUAGUAGAAAUGAGAACAAAUUUGAAAGUAAAGAAAAGCUUAGCCAGAAUCAAACAAAAAUUGUUAGGCCUGUCUUUCGGCCUUCUCGAAGUGCUGGUUAUUGCCAAAUUGAUAUCCGUAAUCUGCGUAUUGCUAAUUGCUCAUCAAUAGAUACAAAUAGCCAUGUGCGCCACACGUGAAUUGUUAUGAUAAUUUCUUCACUUUACAGUUAAAUUAAAAACUAUUAAGAAUUGAACAAAUAUGAAUUAAUGUUCUACAGAAACUGAGAUUUCCCCUUAGUUAGUCUCUUUCCUAAGAUAGUUAAAGGCCUAGCAAGGUAAGUGCGUUAAAUCGUGGGUUUUAAACUUGUUGAUCCUUCUUUGUUUUAGCGUAAUAAUAGUUAAAAGGCUUGUACUUCAGCUUAUAGUUAUUUUCCCCAUUUUAGCCUCAAAAGAAACAAAUCUUCUCGAUUUUGCGAUUCACUUCGGUCGAAAAUAACCAUUUCAACUGAAAGUUCACGAGUAUUAUUUAAUCAUUGAAGUUUUUUUUUGGUCAUAAAUUUAUAUCAGUAAUCGCGACCUUUUGGGUUGACACUCGCAACCAAAAAAACUGAAAUGAAUAAAAAAGACGCAGUCAAGAUUUCUUAUAAUUGAUCUCAGGUUGUCUGGAAACCGGAUGAGAAUCUGCUCUGUACAACUAGUCAAAUUAUCAUUUAUUAUGGACUUUGAAGAAAUUUUACGGUUUGUAGUGAGGAGUAAAAUAGUAAACAUUAAGUGCAGUGUUCGUGUAUUGCAGCUGAGAAGUAUUUAAAAAUUUGUAAAAGUGAGACGCAACCGAAUAUAGGCCGUGACUUACGUACUGGCUAUCGGUUUGUGUCAGUUAUUGCUUCUUACGUACUGGCUAUCGGUUUGUGUCAGUUAUUGCUUCUUACGUACUGGCUAUCGGUUUGUGUCAGUUAUUGCUUCUGAGGUGAAUCGCUGGUCUUGCACCUCUCACAAAAAGAUGUUGACUGCUGUGAAAAAGAGCCUCUGAAGAAACAUUUUUAAAAUUAAGUCCCAAGAAGGAAAUCGUUAAUGGAACGUUCGAUAGAGUUUUUGUUUCUGGCCAACAUGAGCUUACAUGUUGGGAAUGUGCUUAACGUAAGCGGUACGCCUGUUGCUUAGAUCUACUUCCUCACCCGAGGUCUUCGAUAGAUGAUGUUAAACUUGUGCAUGGCAUUUAAACUCCAUCUUUAUAAAAUUGCAUCCUAAUUGCGACAUCUCAACGUAAAUUCAGCAGAAAUCAUAUUUUUCGAUGCUUUCUUCCACCUUCAUGCGUAGUCAAAAGCCGUAUUCGUCAGCUUUGUAACAUGAAGACGAGCAUGGUGACGCGCUCUUUUAAUUACGUUUUUAUCAUCUUCUUGACUCGUUUCAUCAGUGUAUCAAGUUUGUUUGAAUUUACUAAGUUUCAAAACUGUUCGGUAAAGAGUGAGGGAUAGGAAAGCCUCCCUCAUGGAACUUUGAUUCUCUUAGGGUUGGUUUCCAGAAUCGCGUAAUUUUUACGUGCGUAGUCGUGCGUAAAAUUUACGUUCGUAAAUAAAAUAGAGGCAAUGCAUGAAAGGUCUCUCGUAAGGGUAAAAGUUGAACCUCGCUCGACUGCUCGUUUAAGCUCCGCACUUUUGAUCUUGCAAUUGCCUCUAUUUUAUUUACGUGAUUAAAAUUUACGUGCGUUAACGUGCGUAGCCAGAAACGCGUCAGCGUUAGCCUGCGUAGCAAGCGUUUCCUCGCGAGGUUCGUCUAGAAAACUGGGACAAGAGCAAAAAAAAAAUGAAUGACGGGGGAGGGGGAGGGGAAUGAAGGAACCGCUUGCCCGCAAACCCCACGAUUUUGAAAAACUGCGUUCGCCCACGAACGCAGCUUCUGAUUGGCGCGGUGCGGGUAGUGUUGAUUACUUAUCAUUGGAAACAUCAAUCAAACCAGGUAUGCUUUGUUUUCGUGCGUCACAGAUCUGGUCUCAUCUGAUUUGUGAUCGCAGAUUACAAAUGCUUUGGACUGAUAUUUAUUUGAAUCGUGUUUGUGCGAAGGUUUAUGAGAUCAGAGUCUUCAAAGUACAAUUGGAGAUCGAGCAGUGGAGACUAGGGAAGGCCAAUUUAUUGAGAAUGACGUCGUGCGGAUCUGACUGGAAAAAAUGGACUGUUUGUUGGAGAUAACAUCAACAUAAAUCAAAACAUCGGUACUCGACACUACUAGCCAAAGUCCCCAUGGACAAGCGGUUUGUCAGCUUUUUGAAAUGAAAAGAUUCUUUUUGUUUAUUGGAAAUUUAUUGGCAUCUAUUGUAGAGAACGUCUCGACAAAGGCUGAAGAGCAGCCGCUCUGCAAAACUUAUACCCGGCGGAGUGAAUUGUUCCGGACAAAUCACUUUUGACGUGUCGAGAGGGUUUCAGACGAGAUAAAGCCACACAAUAAAAAACAAGAAAUUCCGCAGCAAUCAAGCAAUCAUUCAUAUUUUUAACUUUCUUUUAUCGUAAAUCUUUUUUAUUACAGUUGUUGCAAUCGCCUGCAACGUGUUCUAUUAGAGAACAAAGUAAUUCUACAAAUCUGGUAAUCCAGGGGUAAUCUGUUCGUUAUGUUUCUAUUUUGACGAGCUGUCAAUUUACAAAUGAACCGAACCGUGAAAUACCAAGAGGCGUUUUACAGAAUCGUGGGGUUUGCGGGCAAGCGUUUCCUCUUCUCCCCUCCCCCUUCCCCUUCAACCGUUUUUUUGCUUCCGCUCUAACUUUCGCGCAAUAACUCGAUUGGAAACGCUUGCUACGCAGGCUACGUCAGCGUAAAUCACCUUUAUUCUCUUAUUAACUCGGGAACGUAAAACCGAGAAGCUACCCAUUCAAUACAUAACAUUUUAAAUUCAACAACAAGUGAAAACUUAGUUUUUUUUUUCAAGUUUAAUUCAAGUAACUUUACAAUGCACAAUUUAAAAUACGGUCUUGACGCCAUCCUUUCGCCAGUAUUUCCAAGACAAAUGCGUUGGAACAGAACGACUACUCAAAGUGUCUUUGAUUGUUUUCAGUUCUCUUUUCAGAAACCAGCCAUAAUGAAGUUUCUUUUCAUCUUAAUGGUUGUCUUUAUUGCACCACCAAUUUCAGGUAUUAUCCAUUGUAGCCAACAUGUCGUUAGUUAGUAAACCAAGCGAAAAGAUGAUGGGGUGAUAAAAUUGUGACUGCUUUUUUUGGUGGAGAUGGCUGUUUCUGUGAAAGGUUUGAACCCAGGAGUCAUUGCAUAAAUGGGUGAAGCAUGAUCGUCCGGGUGAUCGUAGUCCUGAAAAGGAGUGUUGUUGACAGUGACUGCCGUCUCGACAACCUGUGCGGUGUCGCCGACAGAGUUAAAGUGAGUCGUUUCACUUCCUUUGAUGGUAUUAAACUCUGGUUAUUGACCUGAUUGGUCAAUUAGGUCACGAUGUUAUUGGUCGUCUGUCAGUUAAGCUUUGAUGUUAUUAGCUACAAAGACUUCAUACUGUCAGUUCUAAUGUUAACUUCCCUUCUGAAGUCUCCAAGUAUAGAUAGUUUACACUCAUGUGAUCAACAACUGUGGAAAUGUCUUGGAACAAAGAAGUUUUAAUAAGGGGAACGGGAGCUGAGAACGAGAAAGGGGAGCGCGGGAAAAUGAAUAGAAUAGAAUAGAAUAAUUUAUUUAAUGUCGAAGCCCUGAGAAUUGAAAAAUGGGAACAAAACAAAGAAUUGGAAUGAGGUUACUGAUAGGGCUGGGGUUUAAGUUAGGUUUUAUUUCCAUUUUUCAUUUUCCUGUUCCCUGUGCUGGUCUGGAGUCCCCCGCUCCCCGUUCCCUGUUUAGUAACAUCCUUCGUACAACGGAGCUGGCCUUGUAUUUCGCUCGUCUCAAGUGGGCUCUCAAGGAAAUAUCACAAAAAAAAAUUGCUAAUGAUAAAUUCAACGAUAAAAGAAGAAUCCAUUUCACUCUAAAAUCAUUCUUUAGUUGACUUUCUUGAGUAAGAAACCAAGCGCUCCCUGCUAUUACAUCUUGCCUAGACGCUCACACAAUUGCCUUCUUUAGAAUCAGCAACUGGUCAGCAAAGCACAUGUGAGCAAUCGUACUACAAGCUAGGAUGUUAUCAGGACAGACGAUGGAUAAGGGCCAUGUCUGAACUUCUUAUUAAUGACAGGGACCCUACAUCAGCCAAGUACGGAAUGCCAGUUGAUUGGCACAACUGGAACGACUACCUCCAGAGGUUUGUAACAUCUUGUCAUUGGUACCAGACAUCAGUUUAUAGAGACUGGUAUAAUGCCGAUUUUUCUAUUCUGUGGUGAACGUAUAAUAGCGAGGUUAAAAAACUUGAGAUAUCGUCAAUACCAUAACAGUACAUCAAGUACUUUGGUGACAACUCCUGUUCAUAACGAUUUAAAAGUGUCUAUAAAACAUAAUAAUUAAGCUUUUUGGAAAGAAAACCAAUUCUUCUUUUCAGAUUUUGAAUAUCUCUCUCUCUUUUUUUAAGCUGAUAAAUAUAUUGUUCUUUUAUGACAUAACCUAGCCUUGCUUGUCGCUGUGCCCAGGCAGCCUUGAAUCAUAGUUACAUUAUGUUUGGUCUCCAAAAUUACGGAGAAUGCUGGUCAGGAUCAGAUGCAUGUGAUCAAUACUCACGACAUGGAGAUUCAAAACUGUGUAUUGGUAAUAAUUACACCAUGUGUGAUUUAAACGAUGAUAGUGAAUGCAUUGGAAAGGGUAAUGCCAACUUUGUAUACCUGUUACUUGAAGGUAAGCCUUUAAAAACUCUUGGU